AGCAUUUUUUGUGUCAAGCAGUUGAUGACGCACAAGAUGCCAUUUAUAAUCCAAGACAUUCCAAAAGACUUUUAGUUGUUUUACAGCUUCAGAGUCGCCAGGGUGUCCAACUCCAUCAGGUUCAUUGUUCACUGUGUGUGGCUGAAGUAGUCCAACAUCCGAUGGCAGCACAACCCUUAAAAGACUGGAGCAGUGGUCUCUGUGACUGCUUUGAAAACUCGAGUACUUGUUGCUAUGGUUUCUGGUGCUGCCCUUGCCUUGCCUGCACAGUUUCAGAAAGAUUUGGAGAGAACCGUUGUCUCCCAUUAUGUGACAUAUGCAGCCCUGCCAUAUUAGCAGCCUUGGGGAUACCUCUGUGUGCGGCCCCUCCUGCAGGCCUGUCCUUAAGGGCUGCCAUGCGAAAUAGAUAUGGAAUCAAGGGUUCUCUCUGUAAGGACAUCUUAGCUUCCUGUUUCUGCGGGUGGUGCAACUGGUGUCAGAUGCAUCGUGAGUUAAGACAUCGUGAAAAAACUCCCACUGUCGUCAAUGUGCACCAUCAAAAUGUUACAAACGUGAACGUGCAGCAGCCUGCUCCAAUGAUGAUGGCUCCUGUAUACCAAUAUCAGUGAAAACCAAAGAUUGAGAGUAUGAUGAUGAAUAACUUUGUUUCUUAAUAAUCAUGACAAUUAGAGUCUAAUAAUUGUUGACUAUCGUGUCAAAUUAUUUUCUGAAGUUUCUGUUUAAAAAAAUCUAAUUUACUGUAUAUAUCCUAAACCUCUCUUAUUUUGUUUCUGUGAAGUUUGUUCCAAGUCAGAUUCACCAAACUCUCUUAAGUGCACAAACGUGAAGUAAAUUGAUCAGUUCAUCAUGAAUGUCACCUGUUGUUUGUGAGAUUAUAUCAUAAGCAUAAUUGACCGUUUAAGGCUACCUGAUACUGUUGCAGUAUGUUUGUGGGUAAGUUUCAUUCACAAAAAUGAAUUUCACACUGCUGAGCUUCAAGUCCUCUUGUCAUAAAUCACCAGACAAAAACUUUAGCAGUCAGUAAUCAUAUUA